AGUAACGGUGGAAGUACUGUCUAAUAAGAAAGAAACUGGAAAUGUGAAUAGUUUGGAUACAUUGGAAUUUGGAAGAUGAAUUAUAAUUGACAUGCUUUUCUCCAUGUCUUACACACAUGUCUAAAAUAUGUCAUGCCUACCUCAUUUUAAUGAAGUUUCAUGGAUUUUGUCUCCGUACUACACAAGAGGAUGGUUUCUGGGAGAUCAAUCAGUUUAUGACCAGGUCACUCAUUUAGUGGUACCUUUGUACAGUCUUCCAAGAGCACCCAUUUCAACUCUUGAAAUCAGUGGCUGUUCGGCAAAUCCAUUCCCGGCAGUCCCACCUUGGUCACCUUGGUCACCUUGGUCACCUUUUGCUUUUAACCAUCCUCAAAGGCAAAACAAUUAUUACAGAUAUGCUGCUGGUGGACUGAGUGCCACUGCUGAAACAAAUGCUUGCAGAGCAGAUACUCUAGAGAAGCACAAUAUUAUUCAGAGUUCUUCGGCAGAUAGAAACGUUGCGUUUAACUCCCAUCAACUUUCAUCAGAUAGUUCUGAGAGAACUAGGUUGAAUACAGAUAUGCUUAACCUAAUUGAUUCAAGGAUUCAUUUCAAUGCUACAACUUCAGAGCAUAGUGGAAACAGAGUUGAAAGAAAUGAGUACACAUCCCCUGUCUUUUUGAAUGCUGCGCACAAGCCAGAACAUUCUGCAAAAAAUGAGAUGAAUAAUAUCUCCAGUGAGCAUCAAGCAGGACCUAACUGCUCCAUUUCGAGCCAGUCGUGCUAUUUGAGUUUCUCAGAAUUGACUUUGACGAAAGAUAACUUGGCUAACUUGAGUUCAACAGGGGAUGAAAAAUGUGAAUCGCUUUGUAAAGAGCAGCAGAAAUUUUCCAUUCCACCAGAAGAUGAGACUGAUGGAGAUAUUAAUGUGCAUAGUGAUGAAGACUUACCCCACUUAAUCAAUAAUCAGAAUGACUGCAGAUGCAGUGAGCUCGAUGAUGACUCGCAGUUAGAAUAUCAUAGUGCUGAAGAACAAGACUGUGUUUGUCAUAGCUCUUCACAUACACAAAACAUGGAAACAUCACAAACUUUCCACAAUAAGGAACUGGCAAGUCAUUUGACAGGUGACCAGCCAGAGUUUAAUAAAUGGAAAAAUGAACCUUCUAAUAUAAGUCACUACUAUAGUUUUAGUGAAAGACCAGAAGAACUCUCCCAGAUGUUUCAAGAUGGCAACUCUAAAGUAGACUAUUGUUUUGAUUCUGAUGGUCAGGAAAGAUAUGAGACUGUUAAUAUGUUUUAUAGUAACGAAGAUUUAGAUGGUAAGCCUAGUAGAGAAAAGAAGGAUCUAAAUUCCUUCCUAAUGAGCAAAUGUGGAUUUGAUGGAAAAACCAAAGCAAAUUCUCUUACAGAUACAGUGCAGAUCCUUGUGUCACCUGCACUUACCUCCAGCAGUGAGUCAGAUAUUUUGGAUCCUUGUGCUCAUGAACAAUCCGUUGCGCUUAAUAGCCAUGAGAUUUGUACCUGCAAUUUGCAUGGAAGAUACAAAGAGAGCUUUCCUAACUCAGAGCUAAAGAGAGUCAAAACUAGUACAGUUACCCAAGAUGUUGAUGCAACUUCUGAUUUUAGAGCUUGUUUUACAACAAGUCGAGCAACUAAUGUUAAGGUCUCAGUGAUGACCAGGGCACAAAACACCACCAUAACAAUGAUGAACAAAGAGAGGCCUAAUGAUUGGCUGACAGGUUCCCACAGAAGUGUUGGCUGCAAUACAGAUUGGACAUGCAUUUCUGAAAACGCAGACACAACUGAUUCACAAAUAGAAUUUACUGACAUGUUGGAAAAUUGCAGGUGGAAACCCAUAACUGAGGAUCCUUUGGAGUGCAAAAACAGUACAAGCAAAGAGUUCAAUGAAAUCCCCAAAAGGCUGAUGCAUCUUUAUCAGGAAAUAAGUGAUCAUUUGCCAAAAUGCUGCAAGGAGAUAUGCCAGAGAGCCGUAAAGGCUGAAAUGCAGCUUCUAAAAAGCAUCUACCGAAUGUAUAGUCAUCACUAUGUGCAGACUUCUAAAGACGCUAUGAAAGAAAAAGAUGUAAACAGUUUUGAUUCUGCAGUAAGCUCUGUGUCAGAAAUUUCAUUGUCAGAGAACAUGGAAGGUUCGUUGCACUCCUUAGUUACACAUCAAAUGAGUGAAAAAUUCUCCCCUUCUAACAAUAAUGCAAAGGAGUGGCAAAAUGAUCUUACAGAAAAUGGAUCUUCAAUUUUUGAAGAAACUGCUGAAGACUGGUUUGAUGCCACGGAGAACCUGUCAACGAGUGAUGCUUCACUGUCAAAUACAGAAAUGCAAACUACAGAUGGCAUAAAAAAGGCAUCAAAGAACAUUGCUUUUGUCCAUGUUGGCAAUUUAAGUCCCUUAGUAUCAGAAGUUGAUCUGUGGCUUCAUUUUCAUACAUACAAUGUUUCUAAUAUUUCGAUUUGUGGACUUUCUGAGAAUUACAGAUAUGCAUCCCUUAGUUUCAAAUCAGCCUCUGAUGCCAGUCUGGCAGUGAAAGAAAUGAAUGGGAAACCAAUAAAAGGAAAAGUAGUGAAGGUUCGACUUGUAAAAACUGCCAGAGAAAAUGGAGUCUCACAUUGUAAGAGUUCUGUGCAACCAGAACAUGAAUACCAAAGACUGCAGACUUGUUCUGAGAAGACUGGAAACAACUGUAAUAUGAAUUUAAAAGAGCCUCCUUCUGGCUUAGCGGCUCCUAGAGUGGUUGAUUCUAGUUCUGUCGCCUCAAAAAGACCAGAUGCGUCCAAAGAUUUGCCUACUGUGUCAAAUGUUCGUCCACCCAUUUUGGUAUCUUCACAACUGCCAUGUCAUGCAUCUUCCACUUCCAAAGUACCUGACCCUGGUUUCAAAUACUCGAAACCUUCAUCAAAAAAUGCAUGCUUUGAAAAAGAUCAGCAGGAUGUUGCAGAGAGCCGUUUGCCACUGGGCUCAGUACAAUGUAAUGGGUUUGUAUUUCCCAAAACAUUGAAUUUUAAAUGCUUCCGCAAAAUAGUGAAAAGCCUAGAAGUUUUACAUCCAGAGGUCAGCAGGGACAAUAUUGUGAAUGCUUUGCUGGAGGUAAAAGAACAAAAGGGCGUACUUCGUGGCUUUCCCCUUAGUACUAUUGUGGGAAUGGCAUCAUCCCUUCUGAAUAAAAAAUUUACAUCAAAAUGUGAGGAGAGUCGAGACAACAGCCUGAGAAAUAAAUAGCUGAAAGAAGAAGCCGUCUUUGCAGGCAUGAAGAGAAAACAUAAGUUGAAGAGUUGCUGUAACCCUCAGGUCUUUAGAACAUAUAGACUAAAUGAAGGACGAAAAAAAAGCUUUAGGUUGGAAAAUAUAUUGUAUUCAAAUUUUAUUCAUGUUAUUGUUAUUGUUAUUGGGAACAAAUUUAUAAGAAACUUGAGAUCCAGUGUUUAUUUUCUUAAAAAACCCAAAAACUUUUACCUUAAGUAACUAUGGAAAUAACCAUUUACCUGUUUAUUAUCUGUAUUUUCUAUUAUUAAUUGCUUUUUUAUGAGAUGAUAUUUUGUUAUUCAUAUUAAUUAAACAGUUUUUGUUUGGAAUGGUAAUAUCAGUAAACAUUUGCUGUCAAAAAUUUGAAGAUGAAUUGUUUGACAAUGUUAUAAGGAAUAAAUGUCUCAUUAAAAUUAUA